AUGGAACCAGAAAUUGAGGUUGAAAAUCUCGAUGAAUAUGGUGUGCCAGAAAUUGCUAAACCCCCAAGCGAGGGAUUCUUCUUCUACAAAAUUCUAGUAGCUGUGGGCCUGCUUUUCACGUAUAUCGUUGUAUCACGGCUUUCUGGAGCUAUUGGGGAACGAUUAGCAAGACGAGCCGUCGGAAAUGAUAGAAAUUACGACCAGGAGAUGCGCGAGGCACGCAGGCGUCUGCAAGAGCGAUUUGACAACGAGCGCAAAAAACUCAGUCAGGAGCGAAAUGCCCAAAAACAGUCCACCAGCGGUGAAACUGGCGAUUCGGAGGUCGGUGCGAAAAUGUCUGUCUUGUUGUCAGGCUACUAUCCUCUGAUGGGUGACGGGGGUGCGUGCGCGUGUUACCGGCCCUCGCGCGGCUCCCGCAACCCCGGUGGAUGA